GAAGGUAACUGAGAGAACAAGGUUAGCUAGGACAUAUCAGGCAACAUACAUGAAUGUUAUAUUAUUUAGUAUUAAUGAAUAUUAGUUAUUGGGAGGAGAUAUGGACCUAACAUGAACGCUUUACCUCGCCACCAUUGUUGGUUGGAACGCCUGACAAUUUUAUCCAUGUGAUUACAAAAUGGCUUCGCUUUGUUUGAGGUUGAUGUCUAAAGCUCCGAAUUGUUGCUACUACGCUUCUCAAGUCAUCAUAAACUCAUCACGUCUUACCAUGACUUUCCGGAAAUUUUCUUUUCAAGGGAAAAGGAGUGUUUAUUGCGUUAGUAACUUGCAGCCAUCAAGGAGAAUUGCUUUGACAUCUGUUAGAUGGCGUAAGGAAAAAAGUUUCCAAAAUGAUCACCCUGAGAGAGUUUUUCUUGUGGACGAAACCAGUGGUAACCAAGGUGAAAUGUCGUUUGAACAGGCGUUGCAGUUGGCGAAAGACAAAUCGCUUGAACUUGUUCGGAUGAACAGGAUUGGGAAGGACGAAUCAGUAGUGCCUGUCUUUAAAUUGAUGUCGACUGAUAGAGAUGCCAACGCGAGACCUACAGUUCGCUCUCUUGAAGUUAAACCGCUGAAGAUUAAAACUGUAAAAGUAACUGACAAAAUAGAAUCUCAAGAUUUGUUUUUCAAAAUAAAACGGAUUGAAGGUUACCUGGAAAAGGGUUACCGAGUGAGGCUUUUCGUUAAAGAUAAAAAGAGAGGAAAUGAGGAAUCAACAUCGGAUGACAAAUUAAAUAUCAUAAAGCAAAUACAGCAAGAAUUGAAGGUAAACCAUACAACUGAAAGGCCUACAGAGGAAGGUAAAGGCGUCAUUGUUUGUGUCUUUAAACCUGCGUAGUUUGUAAUGAACAGUGAGACUAAGUAAGACAGUGAGUUCAAAGAAGUUUCCAUUUCAAAUUGAGACAAAGUGCAACACCUCUUAUAUAAAACUGACUUUUGUUUUCUGGAUAAUAAAAAUUAUUUUGACAUUGAAAGUUUUGCUCUUACCCUUGCUUCAAAAGAGAGGCAUACUACAGUUCAGAGUUAGAGGAGAGAUAGAGGAGAUGAAGAAUAGUUGUGGUUACACUAGCCCUUUUACCCAUGGGCAAAUAACAUUUGCCUACGGGCAAGGACAUUUUUGUGUGUAACGGCUUUCCCUAGGCCGAAACUGCCCUUGGGUUAUUUCCAUGUGUACAUCAGAAAGAACAAAAGAACUUCCCGUGACAGUUCCUUAACUGAAAAGCAUGGUUUAUCUGCUCCUUGAGGUGACUUAGCCAAUCAUAAAGUAGAAUGUAGCUAAUACAGGAAAUUGCCUGCAGCUUGGCUAAUUUCACACCCACUGGUAACAUGGCAGGGUUUCGUGCACCACUGUGAGUAUUUCUUUAUUUUCAUGAGUUUGCCCUCCAGAAUUGUCAAUUCUGAGGUUGAUUAAGUAAUAAUCUUUCUGUAGGUUCAUCUUCUCAUAGGAAUACUAGUCAAAACUAAGAUCCUUACUAUAACAGGUUUCUAUUUGCUGCACUAAAUCAAACAAGGCCACAGGGAGUUAAAACCACUGGUAAUCCCUUGUUAUGUAGAAGUUGCUGAAACCAAUUCUGUGGUUGUGGAAAUACCCAAGCUCUUCUUGGCUGGCAAGCAAGUUCGUGAUGAGCUCAUAAAUAUAAAUAAAAUACUAACAAACCUUGAAGGUAGCGUAGUUGAAAGCACCUUCUUUGGUGUCUUCUCACCAAAAAAACUGCGGGACUGUUAUAUUUAUGGAGUACUGUUGUAUAAUAAGCAAGAGUAUCACUGAAAUUAAGCUUAUUAGAUCUCGAUUCGUGACAUCAAUGUUGCUCUGCACUUUCCUGGUCAAUUUGUCAGGUCAGUGAACUCAUAUCUUAUUAUAUUUGACCCUAAGGGGAGUCUUUUACUGUGUAACAACAUCCCCAAGGGUAACAUGAAACCUGAGCUUAACCAAACCUUAGCCAUUUACCCUCCAUAAGGCUCCAAAUGCAAGGCUUGUGUAACCACUGCUAAUGACACAAAGUGCUCAUGAGGCUUUGUUGCUCAAAAUCAACACUGAGACUCGUAAUAAUAACACCUCAAAUGUGUGUUAAUCCUCUCACUGAGCCAUUGCUCUUUCAUUUCUUGAAUUCAUCUAGUCAAAGCCACUCUUGCGUGAUUUUCUAUUUUAGUGCCUUAAGAUGUAGCACUAUGUUAGCAAGGAAACUGUUAAUCAUGAUAAUUAACAACUAUUCAUGUCAGUGUAGAGUGUCACUGGCUAAUGAUCAUGAAGCAGUGAGGUAAUAUCUACUGCUAGCCACUGACUCUGAGGUGAAUAGUUGUUUUAUUAGAGACAAAAACAGUGAGAUAAUAUAGCACAAAACAUGAUUUUAAAUUAUUAAUUCCUACAAUGGUUACAAAAUUUUUGGUGCAAUUCCCUCACAAGAGGCUCUGAGCUGAGGUGAAAAUCAAAGGUUACUCAGAGUUUGAGUAGCCAGUCUGAGUGCCAUUUUAAUGCUAUCCACGUUGUUAGCAUAUACUAAUUGUAAUUGGCCCAUGGAAUGCGUGUUGUUCAAACAUGUGGAAUUCUUUUUACACCACUUUGGGUUAUAUCUCUUUGCACAUUCAUAGCCACUGUUAUUGGAGAACUUUACGUAAACCAGAUGAAGAACAUUUUGGCAUGUUCUGUAACUAGCCAUUUAUUUUUCCACACAAGAUAAUAAGAAAAAUUUACAUUUGACCAAAAGAAGCCCUUAUUUCAUAGACCACUUUCAUAAAUGGCUGCCGGAUUAAUAUUCUUUUG